GGCAACUUCUGAGUUGCUACCAAGGCAACAGAGAAACACUCCUUGGGCACAAUAGAGGAAGCACAGUGGUGCCUGUAAGCACUGAGACCUAGCAACACCAUGAGCAAGGGUUAUCAGGCUUACAAGAAAAAGGACAUCGAUCAGCAAAUACGUUUUGAGUAUUGAUUGGAUUUGCGGACAUCAGAUCUCUUCCCUUUAACAAGAUUUCUGUGGAACACAGCUUUGAUCAUUUCAGAUUUGAGCGCUAACUGGGAAAGGUACUUCUGACGGGGAUCGGAGACCAUCACAGGUAGCCUUGUCAAAUGUGUUGCUGGGCCGAGGAACCUUGCUGGGGAGUUAAAAGAGGCGACUGACAGCCGAAAAAGGGGAGCGAGAGGAGAGAGGGCAGGGGGAGCGGAGGAGGAAAGUGGAUGGACUUUGAGGACAUGGAAAACCACGAGAGCUGAAAACCAGGCCUGGAUGCCACAAUGAAGGACUCCGCCCUGUCUCUCCUGAGCCGAGGAUGUGGGCAUUUGGUGAAGAAAGAAGACCACAGCACUGAUGGGAAGCUGGAGGUCUACUUCGAGCCCAAAGAUUAUUUUAAUUGGAAAUCCCAGCAAGCAGGUUUCGACCUCUCCAAAACUGAGAAGGGACAUGAGGCACCUUACAAGGCAGAGCCAGCACCUCCCAAAACCUACAGUACCAGGAAAGGACCUCUCAUUCUGUACUCGGAGGACAUGGCUUUGUCAUCAUGGGACACUGGGAGACCAGGCAGGAAGAGGAAAGGAAACCAUCGCUACAGACAGGAAGUUGAGCUGCAGCUUCGCACUCUCAGAGAUUUGACAGGAGCAAUCUUGGCCUACGGAAAUAAACAGGAAGGUCCAGGUGAUGCCCAGCCUUUGGCGCACUUCCUCGGUAACCCCCAGGAGGAGCAGAUGGACGGACAGAUCCGGCCUGGGUACUGUGCCAAGCGCUGCCUGGCACACCUCUCCCAUACCUGGCAUCCAAAUGCCAAUUUCUCCAGUGCGGGACAACUACCUGGUGGUACCCUGGACCCUUCUGGUGUUCCAGACAAUCCCCCAAGCUCGCCUUCCCUCUACAGAAAUGAGUGUGACCUCACUAAUGAACCCAGACUGUCUAAUGUUUUCCAAGACUCUCUGCCACAUGUUCCUGAAGUUGGAGAGUGCCGGAUUGAUAUGCCAGACAAGGAAACAAACGGGCCCUUUCGGGACAAGCAGAAUGUUGACACAAAACAGUUAGAGGAUCAGAAGGCUGGAAGGAAGAGAAGGAAGAGGUGUAGCAUCAUGCCUGAGGCCCCCAGAGCCGGGCUGAGCCCUGUCCCCGAGAUGGAGCUCCCAUUCCUGGAGGAAAACACUGGAGACACAGGGGGUCUGAAGGAGACAUUGGUGUGCGGAGCUCCCCAGCCUUGGGACGGGGUGUUUGAAGAAAGGCAAAACGAAGCUCCCAAGAAGGAGGUCACUGUCACUUGUUCCAUGAAGACGACCUCCAUCGAUUCCUCCCAGCUGCACAGUCAGAGGUCCUAUAUCACCUAUUAUGGAGGCACCUUGGCAGGGGGAAAGAAAAGCUCAGUGUCAAAGUCAAGCAGAAAUGACCAAAGAGACAGACAAGACAAGACCCUCCUGGAUCCUAGCAGUCUGGAUCUGCCUUUCCCUCCUAUCCCAACAGGCAUGGUGUCUAUGCUACAUCCAAUGAAUGAAACAGCAGAAACAGAGUCCGAUAGGCUGGUGGAAGAGGGAGCGGAAUUACUGACACUGCCAGCCUUAUUUGUUCCUGAAAGUACUCGGAAAUCAAACAGAAAGAAAUGUCCGGAGAAAGAUUUUCCCAAAGAGAUGCUCAUCCUUCCCAUGUUAUUUCCAGGAGAUGCAGCAAAAGGCUAUGGACAGAAAUCAGAAGAUGUUUCCCAUCACGCUGAACCAAGCCAGAUGAAGGUCGACCUUCACGGCAGCCCCGAGCAGGAAGUGGAAAAGAGAUUUGAGGGGGCGUCCGCAGAAGAGAUGCCCAGGGCCCUUCCUGUCCUGAGGCCCAGAGAGGUGGAGCUGGAAUGGUCUGGGCAGAGACACACAGCGGACAGAACAGAGUUGAAGGAAGACAAUCAAGAUGAUUGCUUCACCGCUGGUGUCCUGCCUCCCAUCAUUGGUAAGAAAGGCCCAGGGCGACAGAGCUCCAUGGCUUAUUUCAGAGACCCCAGCAAAGACCAGAAAGACUCGCAGACAGGCAUUAUUCGGGGCAGCAUUCCAGAGGUCCUGAGAGAAAGCUACAGAGGCAGCUCAGUAGGAUGUCUCAUCAUGGCUCCGGAUGGAGAAAUCAUGCGUUUGUCUCUUUGGGGGCCUAUUACAGAAAAUGGCGAAGACCUACUCUUUGAUGACAUCACACAAAAUGAAGCUCUGCAAAUCCUGUCCUCGGAUGUCAUCGUAGAACAGCCCUGGAAGAUAUUUUUGCAGCCAGGUACAGAGAUGCCCACUGUGGGGCUGGACACUGACAGUGACUUUCUUACUCGGCAGUCCCAAGAUAUGUCAACAUACCUGAACAAAAGUGACAAGAUUGAGGCUGGCGAGAACGGACAUGAAGGCCACAAGAAAUCAGGAGAGAGGUCCAAUCCUGACACUAGUGACCGAGUAGACCGGGUACUAAUAAAGGACAAGGAAUCCAACCGGAACUUCAGGAAAAACAAACUGGUCAACCAUGAAUGGGCUAAUCAGCAUUUACAGAAACCUGGAAAGAUGAAACCACAUGAGUACUGGGACAGUAAAGGAAACAAUGAAGCAAGUCAAAAGACUGCUGGGAAAAUUCUACCCACAGAAGGCAUUGCCAGCACUACUCAGACUCGACGUGUGGGAGACCCAUUACAGAAAGCAAAGAAACACCCAGACGAUGCGACAUGCUGUAAGUGUCCAAUAUAAACCACCAUUUUUUCAGUGUUUUCCAAGAGUUUCUGGCAACAGCAAUACUAGUGAAAAGAUUAAUACACUUUCUUUAAAAGCCUUUUCUCUAGGAAGAAUUCUCUAGGGAGUUGGGUAGCAGUGCUUGUUAAAACAUUUCCUACGCAGCAGAUAAGGAGUAAAUGGGAAAAUUAAUUUUGCCAAUAACUUUUGUGUAGGUCGGACUAGGAAAGGAAGGAAUUUAACCAGAGCACAAAGUCGAAGUAUAAUUUAUAAAUCUAGCUAGUUAGAUGUUACU